AUGCAGGAUGAGGAGCAUCUCCCGGGCCUCUUCAAGGUCGGAAUCUUGCAGGACGUGAGGCGCCGGCGGAGGGACAUCCUCGCGCAGUGCGGGCUAUGGGACCUGUAUUUCAUCAGCCAAGUCGAGGUGGCGUGCCCCCAUCGGGUCGAGAAGCUGGUGCACUUGACUCUCAGCUACUUCACCGACAAGAUGCCCUACAUCCACGACAAGCCUGGUCACGCAGAGAUUAGCCCCGGAAAGAUCUAUCCCGGAAGGACUGAGCACGCAAAGACUGGUAACCAAAAGAACAGCAACGAAACGACGACAGUGUACCACCGGGAGUGGUUUUGGUGCAAUCUGGAGGUUGUCAAAGAUGUCGUUGGCUUUUGGGUGCGGUGGGUGGACAGGGUGCUCGAUGUGCAGAACAUGGAGCGAAACCGUAUGGAUGACAUAUUUGCUGAAACGUGGGAGACGUUCAAGCGUAGAAUUGAAAUGAGCCCGCUCCCGAAGCGCGGGAGGCGUAGGCGCAAGACGCUUGCAUAA